AUGGCUUCCAUCCAAUGCCUCAACCCCAAAGCGGAACUUGCUCGACAUGCCGCUGCGCUAGAGCUCAAUAUCAGCGGGGCGAGAGGACUACAGGAAGUGAUGCGGUCGAAUCUCGGACCCAAGGGUACCCUUAAGAUGUUGGUAUCAGGAGCAGGCGAUAUCAAGCUCACGAAGGAUGGCAACGUUCUUCUUCAUGAAAUGUCUAUCCAACAUCCAACUGCGUCACUGAUUGCAAAAGCCUCCACGGCUCAAGAUGACAUUACUGGCGAUGGUACGACGUCAACGGUUCUUCUGAUUGGUGAAUUGUUGAAGCAGGCCGAGACUUAUGUUCUCGAGGGUGUUCAUCCACGUCUGAUUACUGAAGGAUUUGAAUGGGCGAAUGAACGGACUUUGGAACUUUUGGAGAAAUUCAAGCAGGAGAUCACCAUUGACCGCAAUGUGCUUAUUGAAGUGGCCCGAACUUCUCUUCGUACGAAACUUCAUCACAAACUUGCUGAUCACAUCACAGAAUGCGUAGUCGACGCUGUUCUGGCUAUUCGGCAAGGCGACGCGGAGCCUGAUUUGCACAUGAUUGAGAAGAUGGAAAUGCACCACGAGAGUGAUAUGGACACAACUCUUGUGCGUGGACUCGUACUCGACCAUGGAGCUCGUCACCCCGAUAUGCCGAAACACGUGGAAAACGCUUACGUGCUCACUUGUAAUGUUUCACUAGAGUACGAGAAAACCGAAGUGAAUUCGGGCUUGUUCUACAAAACUGCCGCGGAACGCGAAAAGUUGCUGGCCGCAGAAAGAGAAUUUAUAACACGAAGAGUCUUAAAGAUUAUCGAUCUCAAGAAAAAGGUCUGCAAAGAUGGAGAUAAGAAAGGUUUUGUCGUCAUCAACCAGAAGGGUAUCGAUCCUCCUUCGCUAGAUCUCCUGGCGGCAGAGGGCAUUUUGGCUCUCCGACGUGCUAAACGUCGUAACAUGGAAAGAUUGCAACUUGCUGUUGGUGGAGAAGCUGUCAACUCCGUAGAUGAUCUCACCCCCGAGGUCCUUGGAUAUGCAGGACUUGUCUACGAACAUACUUUGGGCGAGGACAAGUACACGUUUGUCGAAAAAUGCAAGGAUCCGAAAUCAGUGACGCUGUUAAUCAAGGGACCGAACAAGCACACAAUUCAGCAAAUAAAGGAUGCGCUUCACGAUGGCUUGCGAGCUGUGUUCAACACCAUCACCGACAAGCAUCUCCUGCCAGGAGCAGGCGCAUUUGAAAUAGCUGCGUAUUGCAUGUUAAUGAAGGAAAUGGAAUCGCUGAAAGGACGAGCUAAAUUGGGAGCACUUGCCUAUGCAAAUGCCUUGUUAGUGAUUCCGAAAACCUUGGCGAUCAAUUCCGGUUACGAUGCUCAAGAAACCAUCGUGAAACUUGUUGAAGAAAGAAAUGCAGGAGGCGACAUGCCUGUUGGAGUCGAUCUGGAAAGCGGUGAACCUAUGCAACCUGUGGGAAUUUGGGACAACGUUAUUGUGAAGAAGAACAGUUUGUCGUCGUCAUGCGUCAUCGCUUGCAAUCUUCUGCUCGUUGACGAGGUCAUGCGUGCUGGCAUGACCAAUCUGAAGACAAAUCAACAAGAAUGA